CACACGGAGGCCGUCACAGGAGGAGCUGAGUACUUCCUCCACCCUCCCUCCCUGAGAGGAGGACGAAGGUAAAGUAAAGUUGGUGUGAGUGACGCAGAGCUGCAGUCCAGACGAGUCUCUCUGUUUCUCUCUAAAGAAACAACUGAAUCCAGCAGCUUUUCAUCAACAACACAAGAGGAUCUCUGACAAACUCUGAGUGUCGAUAUGUCUGCUGCCAGCUGUCUGCUGACUGAAGAUCAGUUCCUGUGCUCCAUCUGUCUGGACGUGUUCACUCAUCCAGUCACCAUACCAUGUGGACACAACUUCUGUAAAGCCUGCAUCACUGACCACUGGAACGUUAAUGCCCCGCCUAACUGUCCCAACUGUAACCAGGGUUUUACCACCAGACCUGAACUUCGGGUCAACACGUUCAUCUCUGAGAUGGCUGCUCAGUUCAGACUGUCAGCUCAGCAGAAAGCCAGCAGCAGCAGCUCAGAGCAACAAGCUGCCCAACCAGGAGAAGUUCCCUGUGACGUUUGCACUGGAACCAAAGUGAAGGCCCUCAAGUCCUGCCUGGUGUGUCUGGCCUCCUACUGUGAGGCUCACCUGGAGCCUCAUCUGACUACGUCAGUUCUGAAGAGACAUCAGCUGAUGGACCCUGUGGAGAACCUGGAAGGCAGGAUGUGUACGAAGCACAAUAAACUGCUGGAGCUGUUCUGUGAGACCGACCAGAUGUGUGUCAGCAUGCUCUGCACUGUUGCAGACCACAAGAACCAUGAGUAUGUUCCUCUGGGAGAAGAAUAUGAAGGAAAGAAGGCCGAGCUGGGAAAGACUGAGGCGGAAGUCCAGCAGAUGAUCCAGAAGAGACGGCUGACGAUUCAGGAGAUCAAACACUCAGUGGAGCUCAGUGAGGAAGCAGCAGACAAAGAGGUAGCAGAAGGUGUCCUGGUCUUCAGCGCUCUGAAGGAGUCUGUUGAGAGAAGCCAGACGGAGCUCAUCGACACCAUCAGAGAGAAGCUGAGCAAGACACAGAAACAGGCUGAAGGCUUCAUCAAAGAGCUGGAACAGGAGAUCUCUGAGCUGAAGAAGAGAAGUACUGAGGUGGAGCAGCUCUCAUGCUCUGAAGACCACCUCCACCUCCUCCAGAGCUUCAGGACCCUGGACACUGCUCCACCCACCAAGGACCGGACAGGAGUCAGAGUCAGUGCACCUUCAUAUGAGGGGACUGUGGUGAGAGCUGUGCAUCAGCUGGAGAAGAAGCUCAGUAAACAGAUGAAGAAGCUGCUGGAGGUCGAGCUGAAGAGAGUCCAGCAGUCUGCAGUGGAUGUGACAUUUGAUCCUGAUACAGCACAUCCUCAACUCAUCCUGUCUGAUGAUGGAAAACAAGUUAAACAUGGAGUUGAAAAGAAGAAUCUCCCAGACAAUCCAGAGAGAUUUAAUCAGUGUGUUGUUGUUUUAGGAAAGCAGAGUUUCUCUUCAGGUAGAUUUUACUACGAGGUUCAGGUUAAAGGGAAGACUGAGUGGAGGUUAGGAGUGGUGAGAGAGUCCAUCAACAGGAAGGGAAACAUCUCAGCGUCUCCUCAGAAUGGUUACUGGACGAUAUGUUUGAGGAAUGAGAAUAAGUACUCUGCUCUUGUUAGACCAUCAGUCCGUCUCUCUCUGGAGUCCCGGCCUGAGAGGGUGGGGGUGUUUGUGGAUUAUGAGGAGGGUCCGGUCUCCUUUUAUGACGUUGGUGCUGCAGCUCUGAUCUACUCCUUUACUGGCUGCUGCUUCACUGAGAAACUCUACCCGCUCUUUAGUCCAAGUCUUAAUUAUAAGGGUACAAACUCUGCUCCUCUGAUCAUCUCUGCUCUCAAUCACACUGAAUAGAAUAAACGCUUGAGUUUCUCUAAAAUAAAUAAUUUAUUGAUGUGUCCACACGCCGUCCUCAUCUACGAGCGUCCUCUGAAUAGAUCCCCCUCCAGGCGGGGGGAAAAGAGGGAGCUUCUCCUCCCUCUCCGCCCGGACACGUUUCCACAAGUGUUUCGCCUCUAAUUGAAGCUCUUGCAACAGUUUAUUUAAGAGUGGAGCCCUGAAACACAAACUAUAGUAAAAGGCUCUAUCAUGAAUUGUUACAUCGAUAAAAUAUGAUUAUUGGUCAUGAAAAAAUAAAAUAUAUCAAAAAGAAAUUUAAAUGUUUCGUUUUUUCCAGAUUUAAUAAUAGAAAAUGAUCCUUCAUUAUUAAUUAUUUGGAUUAGCCGAGGGUGCAGGUGUGAUAUAUGGCAAGAUGUGUCAGUUGGCACAAGACUCCAUGGGUUUGUCGGGUGUAUAAUUUCAUGAUUAGAGUGUGUAAAUGUGUUCAUUUAAUGCAUAUUGUGUGAUUAUUAUGUGAUCAAAAGAAUGGAAUGCAAUGGGGAAAAUAUAUUUAACCCUUCAAAUGUACAAUGUACUAAGUUUAUAGAUUGUAGGUGCUGGAGUUGUGUGGCAAAGCAAGUGUCUCACACUGAUAAGAUGUCUCCAGUAGUGUAACAACAAGUUGGUUCACAUCUGUUGGAUGUAAGCGAGUUUCUGUUGGUGCCACCAGUCUGGACUGAGGUAUAAGAACGACUCUGCCCUGUAUGUAGAAAAAAUAAAUAAAUAAGAUAUUCUUCUCAGUCUACUGA